AUGGCACAAUCUUGGAAGCAUAUACUCAAUCCCGUCAACGAGCAGGAGCAACAUGAUGACCACGCGACUCGUGUAAGCCAUACACCUUUAGCGGACGACCUUCAAUCAGCGACAAUGACGAACGUCCCCACCGAUAUCUACUAUAACUCGAAUGAACCUUUUAACAUAGACUUUUCGAUGACCGGCUGGAACGACUACACUGGAGAGUUCCCUCGAGAGAGCCAAUAUCUCGGGCCUGGAUCAUCAAAUCCGCUUGCCAAUGUUCCAGUGUCGCAACAAAACUACUUUCCGAGCGAGAUGAUCUUGGAUCCACAGCUCAUGGGCCUGAAUAUGAUGAAUCUAGACGCCACCAACCUCAACUUCAUGCUACCAGUAUCGACAGAACAGAUUAAUUCUUUUGAAGUUCCGCAUGCGGUUGACAACUCCCACUAUCUAGGGUUGCCUGUGGAUAGCUCCCAAGAGUCUUCAGUUACACCUGACAUCAUGUCCUCCAGCCAAUCGAAUUCUACGCCAGCGACUGUACCAGAAGUAGAAGACCUGGAAGAGGAAGGGCAGGAGGAAGAAAGUCUAUUUGUGACAGACCAAGACGAAACCAUAGUGCAUUAUGGUAUGCUUCACAAUGUCGAAGUCAAAUUAGUCCCGGACGACAUGUCAUCUCUCGACGAUAGGCUAAAGACAGGCGAAUCCGCAUACCAAUACUUCACGCCUACCGAAUACCAGAAGCAAGUCAUGCUUUGCUUUCCAGACGAUGAGAAGAAGCACUUUGGCCAUUUAUCUUCUGCAGCUGGACAAGCUCUCAUGCCGCUAAUCACUCGCCCGCGUGUAGACGUUGAGCCUUUGGCAUUGAAGGCCGACUUGCGAGAAAUCAUCCAUCGCGCGAACAAAUCCACUGAUGCGCGGGUAAAAGUCGACAUCAAUAUCUAUGGGCCACGAUCUGCGGCGACUUCUGUCGGUGAGGCUCUCUCCAACGGGAAACUAUGGCUGCAGCGGUCGAUUCAUGGUAAAGACGGGACGGAAUACAAUAACCCACAUUUUCUAAGCAUUACUGUUGCCGACAGACACAUUGGGAUGGUACCAAACGAGUUUGUUGCCUCUAACGGGCCUAAUAAGAAGAAGACAAGAGAAGAUCAACUUCGAAAGAUGGUAGAAGAAGUCUACAAUACAGUGGACAAUACACGAGAACUGGAACUCGUCGAAGGAGGUGACAGAGUCACCCGUCAACUUCUCAGACAUCAGAAAGAAGCCUUAGGUUUUAUGUUAGAAAGAGAAUCCGGCCACAUCAACGACCAAUACCGACUGUGGAAAGAGAUCGUCCAGGAUGGAAGAGUACAAUACCGUCACCGAAUUACCAAAAGACGGAGAGACACAAGACCCGAAGAGAAGGGAGGUGGAAUCUUGGCCGACGAUAUGGGAAUGGGAAAGUCACUUUCGAUCCUCGCCUUGGUCAUGAAGACGUUGGAUAAUGGGCAAGAAUGGGCGAGCCUGAAGAACGCUGAACACAAGGGGAGAAAGACGACUAGAUUUUCCCGGUCAACUCUCGUCGUCGUCUCGGCUGCGCUAUUGGUUGAUGAGUGGAUGAAUGAGGUUAAAAAACAUUUGCAGAGUGGUCUUAAGAUUAUCAAGUACCAUGGCGACAGACGGCCGAAAGAUCUAUCCCAACUCGACACAGUAGAGGACUCGGAUAUUGUGGUUACGACUUACCACACACUUACUACCGAAUACUUGAUAGGGAAGGGCAAGACCUCCCCGUUAUACAAGCUCGGCUGGUAUCGAGUUUUCUUCCAAGCCUGUGACUACCUCCACGCCAACUCCCGAUGGUGUCUAUCUGGAACGCCCAUUCAAAACAAGCUAGCCGACAUAGGCUCACUCUUCCGCUUCAUCCGUGCUGAGCCCUUUGACAAAGCAUCCGAAUUCCGAAAAUGGAUAGAGACACCAUUCGAUAAUUCUUACGAUGAACCAACUCUAGUCCGGGAUCGUCUAGUCAUGCUUCUUGAAGCCUUAUGCCUGCGCCGUACUCGAGAGGUUUUGGACCUACCAAAAACACGCCAAUUCGUGCGCCAUCUUAAGUUCACUCAACCGGAGAGGGAUCAGUAUGAGCGCACAAGGAAUAUCAUUCACCGAAACAUGGAGCAUCGAAUGGGAGAAGUUGAGAAGAGUUCGCAGUUUGGCAUGUUUCAGAUGUGGCUGCAGUUGCGUAUCGUGUGCAACCACGGAACUUAUCAAAAGCUCUUCUCAUGGCAUCGGAGGAAUCUGCUGGAGGAAAGAGAGGCCAUUGUUGGAACCGCUGGUCAAUAUGGGGAGAUGUUGUGUGUUGGCUGUGAACAACCAAUGCCAGUCCUUGGACAUGAUUGGUCGAAGAAAAUGUUUGAGGAUGGAUGUUCUCACGUUUUGUGCGCAAAGUGCAUCGAAGACUCACAAUUCUCCGAGUUGGAAACUUCACAAAGGCGCUGCCCCGUCUGUGUCAGAUGGUACCAGGCGCCCUCACCGACAGGGAACGAUGGGGGCUCAGACGACGGCACACCUCGACGCAAGCGAAAGAGGAAUGCAACUACGAAGGACGAUCACGAACAUUAUUUCAACACCGAGGGCCACUCGACUAAGAUACGAGCGCUCGUAGAAGAUGUUCGGAAGGAUUUGUGGACGACCAAGAGCAUCAUCUUUUCUUGCUGGACGAGGACACUUCAUCUUAUAGCUAGACAUUUGGAAAAAGCCGGUAUACCUUAUCUCCAGCUCGACGGAAACAGCCCUUUGCCUCAGCGACAGGUUACCUUGGACAAAUUUGAAAAUGGGAGCGAGACUCCAGUAUUGAUCAUGACUACCGGUACAGGCGCUUUUGGUCUAAACUUGACGAGCGCCAAUCGCAUUUUCAUCGCGGAAUUGCAAUGGAACCCAAGUGUGGAGAGUCAGGCUAUCUCUCGCGCGAUUCGUCUUGGACAGAAGAAGGAAGUCCGUGUUACUAGAUAUAUCACCAAGGAUACAGUUGAAGAGAAUAUAAAACAGCAACAAGAGUACAAGAAGCAAAUAGCAGCCCUUGGAUUUGAAGAGGAGAUUGACUGA